AUGGUAGAUUCCUUUGGCGAGGUAGAGCACGCUCUGAUCGAAGCCGACAUCAUUCCUGAAGUCGUACCAUCGCGCUUUGGUCCGGAGGCGCUGUUGGUUGUCUCCUGGCCCACUGGAGAAGAAGCUACCUUAGGGAACACCCUGACGGCCUAUGACACGGCACUUGCUCCUACUAUAUCAUUCACCCCCAUGGUCACUCAGGCUCCGUAUGAUGAGGUGUCCUACACGCUGGUCAUGACCGAUCCGGACGCACCAUCGAGGAAGAAUCCCAAGUUAGCGCAAUGGAGGCACUGGGUGGUCACUGGUAUUAAAGCACCUCAUCCAAGCGAGGCCAUGACGGGACACCUGAAUGGUCGUUUCACCGAACUUCCAGUCACCCCCUAUCAUGGCCCCACUCCACCCCCUGGAACUGGUCCACAUCGUUAUGGUUUGUCCUUUUCCUACUGCCUGCUCUACCGAGAACCCGCUUCAGGACUCACGAUUCCACCUGAUGCUCCCGAACGGAGGAAUUCGCCAGACGACCGUGCCAGGUGGGACGCAGCAGUCUUCGCGGAAGAGUACGGCCUCAAACCAGUUGCUGCCAACUUUUUCUACGUCACGGGGCCGGAGCCGUAA